AUGUUGAGCGAGAGCGCCUUGCGUCGGGUCGCAGUUUGCCUCUGCGGCACGCAAGUGCUGGAUUACGCCGCAGUCUGCCUCCUGGUGGAAAAGGACAUGGACACGGAAAUUAGUAUUUACUCGAGAAAAGUGAUCAAAAUGUUCGACAGAGCCAAACGGGUUGGUAUCAUGGCUAACUUUCUGGUCAUGAUUGCCAUUGCAUUGAAAUGUGCUAAGUUCCUCGAGAUAGUGACGCCAGUGCACAUAGCCUUGUUGGUGUAUAACACAAUAGAAUUAAUCGUGAGGGUGGUCGUCGCCCUGGUCAAUGGCGGCCCCCCCGAGGAGGUGAAUCUUGAGGAAUUCCUUACGUUCACCAUGACGAGCAUCUGUGGCUAACAUAGUACUACUGAUCAG